AUGUCAAUUGAGAGAACUAGGUAUGCUAACAGCAUUCUUACUUCUAAGGACCCUUUAGAGGCGACCGAAAUUAUAAGAGUACGGCUUUCACAGGCCAAACUCAUAAACAAAGAGGUUUACACGUUUUUCAAAGAAAUCUGUGACUUGAAAAAGCAGUACUCACAGCAGCUGCGUAAGAUUAUUGUUAAGAAUGAAGACUUGCAAAAAUUGCUUGUUAACGAUAUGCUAAGUUCGAAUGUUUUGACAGCGGACGAAAUGCGGGAUUUCCGGUUUGACUCAUUGGGCAAAUUGAAGGAGGUAUGGUCAGAUAUGUUUGAUGGACUGAAGGUGGAACUAGAAAGCUCAAAUGAGCUCUACCGGGUCCUAGAAAAUGACGUGACUGUUACGUUGAAAGAUUUUACCGAAAAAGACUCUAAGUGGAAGGAUAUUCGUACGUUGCACGCUGACUUGAGCCAGGUUGCAGCAAAUAUAGAUUACAGCAAACGUAAAAAUGGGACUGAGUUCGAAGACAGGGCUCGCGAGGCUAGUGCGAAAUGGGAUUCAGAAGCAGGCGACCUUUUUGAGCUUUUUGAGGCUACUGAUUAUAGCAGACUCUUAAUUUUGAAAAGCUGUCUUUUGAAGUACGAAAGUGCCGUUGGCGAUAGUCUGCAAAAUAAUUCUUCAGAAAACGAAAGGGCUAUGGCUAAAAUAUUAGAGUUCCAACCCGAGAUGGAGAUUGACCGUUUUGCAAGCGAUGCUAGAGACUACAGAUUUCGUCUUGGCUUGCCCUCAAGCGCAUCGCACGUUUCUUCGGAGACAAGGUCCGAAAAAUUGGGUUCACUGCCCAAAACUCAUCACAAGGGAGGACUGAACAAUAUCGCCAACCGAUUGUCCUCCUCCGGGACUAUUAUCAAACACGACCUGAUGAAGAAGGAAUUUUCAGACGAAGGGAACAAUAAGUCUUUGAAGAACAAGAAAUCAUCCGGAAAAUUAAAGUCUAGGAUGGGGUCCAUCUUUGGCAGAAAUAAGUUAAAGAAGAAAACCUCGUCCAAGUUCUCCAAUGGUACAAUUCCCGAAAAUGACAGCUCCUCUGUUCCGGGAAGUGAAACACCUGACCAAGUUUCGAGAGACGACUCUCACGAGCCUUACAGCUCAGUGCAUGAUCACCAACAUUCAAAUUCCAAGCUUGGUCUUGCGAAUCGGACAAACGCUGAAGCACCAAAACCUGUUCCAGUUGCGGCAAGCUCAACUCUGUCAAUCAACCAACAACCUUUGAAACCUCAAUCAAGGGAGAUGCGUGCAUCGCAGUCUACAAUGGAAGCAAGCACGGAGUUCGAUUCGGCACCACUUCCACCAAGUGCUCCUCAAACCUAUCCACUACAUAUUCAAGCUCCACAAGCCCCACAAGCUCCACAAGCUCCACAAGUUCAAGCAUCUCAUGCACCUUUGCCCCCACCAGCAAGAAAAUACCCAGCAGCUUCUUCUGCGGAUUUCUCGAGAAGUCCACAUGGUGCAGCGCCGGCUCCUGUUCCAAAACAGAGAUCAGAAGUCCAAUCCAAAUAUUUUACCGAUUUGACGCAAGCGGACUUGGAGGCACAAAAGUAUAGACGCCAGUCAUCAUUGAGUUCCCAGAUGACUGGCGAGAUGAGAUCAUUAAAGCCCGAUAUUACAGGCUCUUCGCUUUCACUCCCAUCAGCUGGACAGUCCAUCUUCCACCACUCCGAAUUAACAUCAUUUGGGCUGAACGCCAGCAUUGCUGAAGUGAUAAAUGCAACCUUCAAAGAAGGAAUUCUCGAAUCGUCACAAGUUAUUGGAGAAAUUGCCCUCAAUUACAUUUCUAACGGUAGUGAAUUGCCAAUCGACAUUAACCUGAGAUUAUCACCGGGGGCUGGCUUAGAGAAGGUGAUUGCAAAUCAAGCAUUUAUCGAACGGAAGUCUCUAGAGGCUUAUAGAAUCAAUCCCCAAUUCAUCAACUCUAGAACGCUAGGUGCCUUGAAAUACUCAUUAAAGCAUCCCGUAGCACCUAUCGUUAUACAUCCUGCGUGGAAAUUUGAGGAACAUCAAGCGAGCGUUGUUUUAACGCUCAAAAUCGCUCCUACUACACCAGAAGUUCAAGAGUUAACGCUCAACGAUUUGGCCGUAUUUGCCUCUAUUGAAGGUGCCACUGCGACUAGUGCGCUAUCCAAGCCUUUGGGACUUUUCAGUAAGGAGAAAAAGCGCAUUACUUGGAAGUUUGAUGGUCCAGUGACCUUGAGACAAGACGGCGAACAAAGACUAAUUGCGAGGUUCAUGACAGAUGGUAUUGCGCAUGAAUCGAGCAAAGGAGUAAGUGCCAAGUUUAUAAUUUCCGGAUUCUUGGCCGAAAAUGCUUUGACAAUCGAAAGUCAAGAGGUGGAAGCAGAUGAUCCAUUUGGAUCUGGUGCGGAAUGGAAAAAGGUCGCCACAUCAAAAACGCUCGUUGCUGGCAAUUAUUAUGGAAGAUCUUAA